GUGUGUCAAUGGAAUGUAGUCUUCGUUUGUAUUUGUGGAUGUAGAUUGAACUAUAGUCUGGCGGUUUGGUCGUUUGCAUUUAACAUGUCCAAGAACAAAUUAAAUUUAACUUUGCCACCCGGCUCGGUAAACCCUGUCUCACCAGUACUUGUACAUGUAGAAGCUCCAGUGGUGCCAGAGCGAGGUACUUUAGUGGCAAAGACGAGUAUUGAAGCACUUCAGGUGAGACUGGAAGAGCUUCAAAUGGAUGAUACACAACGCAAACGCAUGGAAUUCUUCCUGUGCCAAAAAGAGAAGAUUGGUGAAUUAAGUGAUGAUGACUUUGAAAAACUUGGAGAGCUGGGCACAGGCAAUGGGGGUGUCGUGAUGAAGGUUAUGCAUCGCUCUAGUGGCCUUAUUAUGGCCAGAAAGUUAAUCCAUUUAGAAGUUAAACCUGCGAUUAAGAAACAGAUAAUUCGAGAGCUGAAAGUUCUACAUGACUGCAAUUUUACACAUAUUGUUGGGUUUUAUGGAGCAUUUUACAGUGAUGGUGAAAUAAGUAUCUGUAUGGAAUAUAUGGAUGGUGGGUCACUGGAUCUCAUCCUGAAGAAGGCUGGACGAAUACCAGAAUCAAUAUUACGAACAAUUACAUCAGCUGUUCUGAAAGGCUUGAGUUAUCUGAGAGAUAAACAUGCAAUUAUACACCGUGAUGUGAAACCAAGCAACAUUCUUGUAAAUAGUGCUGGAGAAAUAAAAAUAUGUGAUUUUGGAGUUUCUGGUCAACUCAUAGACUCCAUGGCAAACUCUUUUGUUGGGACACGCAGUUAUAUGUCGCCUGAAAGAUUGCAAGGAACACAUUAUUCAGUUCAGAGUGAUAUUUGGUCUCUUGGGCUAUCUUUGGUUGAAAUGGCUUUAGGAAUGUAUCCCAUUCCUCCUCCUGAUGCUAAAACGCUGAGAGCUAUAUUUGGUGAGAGGAUGGACUCAGACAACCAAAAUCAUGUUCCAUCCUCCCCAGUUAACAGUAACUAUCUGCAAGGCUCGAAUGGCCCAAGGCCCAUGGCAAUAUUUGAAUUAUUGGAUUAUAUAGUGAAUGAACCACCACCCAAACUUCCAACUGGUAUCUUUACAACAAGUUUUGAAGACUUUGUUGAUAGCUGCUUGAAGAAAAAUCCUACUGAGAGGCCAGACUUGAAAACACUCAUGAAUCAUGAAUGGGUAAAGAAAGCAGAAUCAGAGUACGUUGAUAUUGCUGGCUGGGUGUGCAAAACCAUGGACUUGCUGCUCACAACUCCUACAAGAGUAGCACCCAACUUCUGAGAAACAGAAGACAUGUCAGGAGGUCUCGGUAACAUUUCUCUUGCUUCAAGCCACCUGCUUCACAGCAAUUGUUAUUUGCGUUGUUGUGGUGUUAUGGUACUUGGAAUAGUAAGCAGAGAGUUCGUUAACACAUUGCAGACUGGUAUGUCCUUUUGACUAAAAACCCAGUACUCAGAUAUUUUACAUACAUUUAAUACCUUGAGGCAAGGAGCAACAUUUUGAUGUUCAAGAUCAGGUUGGGAAACUUCUGGCAUUGGUGGUCUACAUCUGACUUUCACUGUUAUAACACAGGGUGCAUGAUUAUCAGAUAAAAGAAUAAUAGGUAAUAGGUGCUUGGGUUAUAUUUAUUAAACAUACAUAAUUAUUACAUUUUGAAAUCAUUACAGUUUACUAUUAUUUUAUUUGGGUGUAGGCUGUUGAUGCUUCUCCAUAUUUUUCACAAUGUGAGUUUUGCAGAAUUCAUAAAUGGGCCUUGUACAAAUGACCUGUGAGCUUCCCACUGCUGGCUCUUCUUACAGAUUAUGUUUUUAAGUUGAAUUGUGUUAAAAUUCAUGUAGGUAAUUCAGUAGCAUUUUAUGGAAUUAAUUUUCAAAACAAGAACCUUUAUGUAUCAAUACCAAUGCAGAAUUUACAAAUUCAUUUCAUCUCACUACUACUUCUGUAUGUAGCACAAACCCUAUACUGCCGUCUUAGCUAUUUCUUCUUUCCUGGUCUGGAUGCAAUUAUUUUUCCACACUUUAUGUUUAUUGAAGUCUCCUGAUAGUCUGGUUUGGAGGUCCUGUUAGGGACUCAGGGCAUUAAUUCCUUUGCAGGAGGUUGAGCAUCAUCUGAACUGGACUGUUAUACUUUGCAGUGAUCCAUGUGCUCCAAUCUCAUGCAAAAAUAUGGAUUUGCAUUCUGAUUUUGGUGUAAAGUUGUAUAUACAAAAAAUGCAUUGAACAGGGUAGAAUUCAGGGGACACAAUACAGUACUUCAUAUCACAUUAUCCCCCUUCCCCAAGAAUGAAUAAUAGCUUAGGUACUGAUUGGCUCUGUCUACAGCUUUCAUGUAUUUAUUAUAUUCUAAAGUACAACUGGAUAUCUUUAUUGCCCCCCCCCCAAUUUGUCUCCUGAGUUUGCCAAUUCUGAUUCAUGAAUUAUAUUAAUCAUGUGCAUCAUUUAUCUUUCCAAAUUUGGACCAAAAGGUCACCUUUUCUAUGAAAAAAUGAUUGCCUCUGUUUUCACAAUGUGUAUCCUGUUGUGUGUCACAAACAUAUGGUUAAGUAAAAUUGCCCUUUGACACAACAAAAAUGUUUUUUCCAUCAAUCAGUAUUUAUCAGAUUGAAUUUUAUUUCUUACCACUACAUAUUUUGGUCCUCAUGAAACUGUCAUCAGGCAGUAUUAUAUAAUAUGACUUGACACAGCUCUUUUCCAACCUGUCUUUGUAAUAUUGGUUUGGUCAGAAUGGUGUUAUCCCUACUACACCUGUUUCUAUUUUCGGGUGGCAUAUGAUGGGCACUGCAAGUUGUCCUUAGAGAUCUAACUAAUGAUGAUUGGUAUGUAGGUUGUAGGUAUGGGAAACUACCUGGAUUGAUUGGCAUGAGACUUAGGGUAACAUUACAGGAGCGGCCUCCGUAGUCUAGGAGUAAUGUUCCCACCUCAUGACUCAAGGUAUGCGGGUUCAA